AUGGAUGGACACAUCCUGACAGAGCUGUGGAGACGAAUGUGACGGAGAACGAGAGCACACACAAACUCAACAGAGGGGCGCAAUGUUCGCUGCAUGUUUGUUUCAUUCUCUUAAUCCCUAAAUCUCCUCUAAUCAGGAUGAGAGGGACAGAGCACGAUGCAGGACUUAGGACAGCAGAGUCUAUGUUGGAACCUGGAUGGACUACAGGCCGGCGAGGCAACGUAACUGCACAGAUGAAGAGUGGAGUUGGGGUGGGAAGGUGGGAGGGAGCUGGAGCCACUUUCAAACAACAGCGAGCAGGAGGAGUGGACUAUACCAACAUGUGAGGAAGCCUUAACCAGUGAGGGGGGGUUUAAAAAAAAUCAAAAAAGAAUUCAAGAAGAAGACGACAACUUUGGCUGGAUCACUUCACGGAGUGGAUGAUAAGCAGCAGAUCUACUGUACAGGUGUGAUACCUGGCAUUAGGCGAUUUCAUGGCCACUGCAAAUGAUGAUCCCAUCCUGGGUGAUGGCCCAUCCGAAGACUCUGAUGACCUUCUUUAUGAUUCCGACUCAGAUAGCGUGCUUUCUGACGACUCUGAGAUUCCCUGCUAUGACAGGGAUGAAAGGUACACAGAGCUGCCUAAAACGAUGUACGAAGCCUGUGCGAGGAAUAACAUCGCAGCCCUGCAUAGCAUCCUGGAACGAGGAGUCACAGAAGAAGAAGUUAUGGAGCUGGACAUCAAUGGCAGGAAUGGGCUGAUGCUCGCCGUGAGCAAAGGUUUUGUUGACAUUGUCACUGUGCUGAACACAUGUCCACUAAUAGACAUCAACCACCAAGACACAGACGGUAAUACGGCCCUCAUGAUUGCAGCCCAAGCAGGCUUCAACACCAUUCUAAACUAUAUCCUUAAUUAUUAUUCUGGUGUGGACACUGAAGUCAGGGAUCCUCGUGGUUUCACGGCCCUCAUCAAAGCAGGACUGCAGGGGCGAGAAGACUGUGUAGCCACUUUGCUGAUGCAUGGUGCAGACAUUGAUGCAAGAGACCUCGUCCAAGGAAGAGGUGUAAAAGAAUGGGCUAUUAGAACAGGAAGGUUUGAGACUGUAAAAAGACUACGCCGCCUGCAGGCUCAUCCUGUCGCUGAUCAUUUCUGUGAAAACUACCUUCCCGAGUGGCCACAACUGCAGCAGUUUGUAGCUAAAGCUACUGCCAGCAAAACACCCAGCCAAAAACUGAGGCAGCAUUUAAAUGAUAGUUUUACUUUCAGAUUCCCUCAUGACCCUGAGGAUAAUGGGGUCAUAGACCAUAUGGUGCGAAUGACCACAAGUAUCCACAGUCCCCUGGUAGCCACUGCUUGCCGGCCACUUUGUCCAAGCAGCCCCCCUGAGAUUGGUAAGCGACGGCUAGCCCUUCCUGACCUGCUUGUGAAGUACAACAGCAAAGAGUUGGAGGAGGGGAAAGUAUCCCACAGCAAUGAUGCCACAGCUACAGCUGCUGCAUCUCUGAUUUCAUGCUGCCAGGAGUCUGAACGUAGGGACAGCAUAGUGCCAAGUGGCGUAAGGAGCUUCAUUCCCCGCAGCAUGGCGCACAGAAACAGCAUUUUCCCCUCAGGCUGUCUUCCUCGAAUCAAAGUGACAAAAUCUUUGGAACCCACUCCAAAGAAAGAGAAAAAGAGGAAGGGGAAGGGGAAAAAGGGUGACCUAGAGCUUCCUGUUUGGAAGUACAAGGAAGCCAAGGAAGAGAGACAGAAGAAGGAACUUGAAGAAAAAUCACAAGUGAAGAAAAUUAAGAAAUCUAAAUGUAAACAUACAUCAAGUGGAAACUGAAGCAAAUUCAAUGUGAUGAUUGUAUGUAAUAUUACUGUGUCUUUAUGUUGUUUGUAUAUAUACGUAUAGUAGAAAAACGAAAUGGAAAACAUGAUAGCUACUGGUAAAGUAAAUUAAUUAUAUUUAAUAAUUACAUAUUGAUAUUUAAUUAUAU